AUGCGGCACCCAUUGAGAAAUGGAUUUCCGAGGAUUGUAUUAAGUCUCAUAUUGCUUUUCGCCUGUAUUCUCUCAUCGAUUCAGACGGCUCUUGUACUCGACCCGGAAUGUUCCACAAAGCCACAGAUCAUCGCCUGUCACUUCCAAAACAACAGCAACUUUUCUACAAAUGCUCAACUGGUCGAUUGGGGCGACUUGGCACCGGAAGAUGUUGGAAUUUUUGAUCUAAUCAAGCCAAACACAACAAGCGGAGCGUUAGCUGUGGAGAGUCGAAUCCGAUGGAGACUCCCAAUCGGCGCUCUUCAACAACCAUUAUUGGGCUUUGAAAUUGUAAUCACUGAGAAACAUGUCUCAAAUCCGAUGAAAACCGUCUUCUACACGAAUCUGAAUAAAAGCAUCAGUCGAGUCAACAAUGCGAUGCAACAUGGAGAAUUCUACAUUAAAGCGAGAGGACUCUUCAAGUUUGGACACUUAUACGAUGUACAGAUAUCAUUUCUGCCAAAAGGAGAAACUGGGCAAACUUGGCUUGAGAAAAGCGUCCCGCCGUGGCUCGAGAAUGUGAACUGCGAUCGAAAUGAGCUCAAAGUGAUGCGAAUGAGAAAAGAUCGAACAAUCACCCCAUCAUUCUUUGCCUCAAUGUGGUCAUCAGCUUUUCAAUCGAUCAAAAUCUAUCAAGGUGUUAUGGGAAAAGUGAAUGUUACUUUCGCCACAGCACCUAAGGAACUCUGCAUCUCUUCUUAUAAACUCCGCUUGCGCAACAUUGAAACCGAUCAAACGUUGAUUUUAUUACGAAUUGAGGCAGAACCAGGGAUUUUCGCUUGGAAUCUUUUUGAAGGACUUCCUCCUGAAGUCUACUAUACAGUAGAGAUCGUUCCUGAUAACAAUGAUGAUGGCACUUGUCCGUGUGCUAAUUGUAACUGUGUCACGACUUCAAGCAAGCCCUUUAAAGUGAAUCACUAUGAAGAGCCUGAAGUUCCGAGAGAAACGUUUAACGCUGUCAUAAAUCCACAUUCAAAUGAUCCGUUGUGGAUCUUUGCAUUGAUUCUUCUUGUUGUCGUUGUUGCAGCGCUUUUUAUUCUGAUUGCUUUGUUGGGUUUCUAUCAUCGAAAAUUGAUCAACACUGAACGACAUAUCAAAUUGUCUUUUGGACCAAAAUUGGAUCCUGAAGCCUUACCAGUGAAAAGCUUCAAAGAACUCGUUCGAAAAACCAUUUUGGUGAUUGAUCGAUGCUAUACAGAACGAGAAAAUCAACUUUGCGAGGGAUUAGCGAAAUCCUUGUCAAUCAGUGGAGUGAGAAUUCGUUUCGAGAAAUGGGAAAAGAGCCAAGUUGAAGAGAAUGUCUUUCAAUGGAUCUCUGAAGUGUUGAGAGAAGCUGAUAAGAUUCUAAUGGUUUACGGAAAAGAUUGGGAUGAAUCGGUGAGACCAAUUCAAGAAACGCAAAUUCUCAGUCUCAUCAAGCAAACGGAUCCAAGACUGAUUCAUGCUUCUUGGUGUCAUACGAUGAGUAGUUCUCCAUUUGUGGAAACAGUCUACAAUCUGCCAAGACAUGCUCCAUUGCUUUGUGGAUUGCUCAAUGUAAAGUUCAAGUUGGAAACAUGGAAACCGUUGAUUGAUGCGUGUGAGAAGCAAAAUGGGUAUGGAAAUGGGCAAACCGAUUCACUCACCCACGAAAAUGAGAGUGAACGGGUGGCACUACUCGGAGAAAAGUGUGACUCGGGGGUGGACGAGAUCGAAAUCGAGGAUCCGUCGGACCCGAUUUAUCCAUCAUCGACAAUAUCGGCUUCACUGCAUAUCGUGCCCACAAAUGCGCCGCCUCGCGAGGCUGACUCAGCCUAUGCCUCUAUGAACACUGCUGAGAUUUCC